AAUCUGUCAAUUGUGUGGUGGGUGUCAUCCACUAGUAUUACUACUAACCGCUCUAACAGAGUUAUUUUGGUUAAUAAGAUUAUUUUAAUUAAUUAGUGGAAAACGAGAUUAUUUGGUUUGCACAAUGGCCGAGAAUACGAAUAAUCCUUAUGAUAUCAAUGGACAGCAUUUUAAUUCAGAGAUGUAUCUACAAAAAUUAACGAAGGAUUAUCGAUUGAAACAAAUCAUUGAUCAUGAGGAGGAGAUAAAGAGAAAUACUCAAGUUCUUCACUCGGAAAUGCAAACACUGGUGUAUGAAAAUUAUAACAAAUUCAUCGCUGCAACUGAUACGAUAAGAAAGAUGAAGAGUGAUUUCAAAAAGAUGGAAGACAGCAUGGACUGUCUAGCCACAAACAUGGACAGCAUAACAUCAUUCUCGGAUAAAAUUUCUUCGACAUUGCAGGGCACCCGGCAACAAAUAUCUCGUUUGUCGUCAAUUCAUACUCAUCUCAAGAGACUACAGUUUUUGUUUAAACUACCAGGAAAUUUGAAGGAGAGAAUGAACGAGGGGAAUUAUACACAAGCCGUUCAGGACUAUAUCCAUGCUCGCCGUGUCCUGAACCAAUACGGAAACAUGCCAUCCUUUCAUGGAAUCCAAAAAGAUUGCGAGGAGAUCGUAAAUGAAUUGAAAAGCCACUUGCGAAUGCAGUUCCACAAGCAUGAUGCAACAACCAAGACCCUUGCAGAGAGUGUGGACUUGCUCCUGCGUCUGAACGAGCCUGCUGAUUCCCUCUGCGAGGAAUUCCUGAAACACGCUGAUAAUCGUCUCUCCGAGCAGUUAGAAAUCCUUCAGGAUAUGUGUGAGAACGACGUCAUCGAAUUUGUUGACUCAGCAAGUUCAGGAUUCAUGAGUGAUCUCUCCCUCGUUGUCGCCUCGUACAACGAUAUGUUCAUCAACAGACCCAUUCCUACCCACCCUCAUGACCUAGAGAUCCCUGAUAACUUGGAGUUCGAGAGAAAUGUCACGAUCCGUCUCGACAAAUUCAUUACCAAUAACAUGGACAAAUACUUCAAGCUGACGAAAAAAAGAAUGGAAAAUGUGUCAGACACUGCAGUUCUCGUUCGUGCACUGGACAAAUUCCAUAGGCGUCUCCAGGCCAUGAACAUCCUCUGUGAAUCCACAGAUUUCAGUAUCACUGGAACUGUAAUUGUGAAGAAUGCAGGCAGAAAACAAUGCAGAAGCCACUUGAAUUCUCUGAAACAACAUUUGAAUGAGACGCUCGUCAAAGUUAGGCAGACAUUAGCUACUAAGGUGACAUCAGAUAAUAACGAUGGAGGAUUGGCCGAACUCCAAGCCCAUCUGGUGAUGCCUAUUAUUGAGAAAAUCAAGGGAGUCUUGCAGGAUCUGUCAGCCUUUCUUCAAUCGGAUUUAUCGUUCAACUUGAAAGCCCAGUUUUUCGAGUCUUUCUGCGUUGAAGAGGUUCGUGAGGGUUUGCUCAUUGGAUUUUUGCACCACCUGACAGCAGUAGCAGCUGGAUUCUGCACGAGUUCCGAUGUUCCUAAGUAUCCCCCCACAUUACUCUUGCUCCUCAGCAAGAUGUGCAUCGAGUUCAAGGAGAGCAGCAUUCAUUAUCUCCUGGGGACAGUUGACGAGAUGUUCAGUGUUCAGGAUUUUUCAGCCUCUGUCCACGCUUUAACAUCUGAGGAGGACAUUUGUGUGGAGUUUCAUCGAGCUGCCCAGGAUCUUCUCAAUCAUUACGUGCGUUUGCAGGGGCUUGCGGUCUCGCAGAUGCUGAGGAAAUCCGUUGAGACUCGAGAUUGGCUCCAUACAAUUGAACCGAGAACGGUUAGGGCCGUUAUGAAGAGAGUCGUUGAAGAUGUCACGGCUAUUGACUCGCAAAUUGCGGCGCUUUAUGAUGAUAGUGAUGGGCAGGUUGAUAGAAGCAGUGAUAGCAGUCGAAAAACUCACAGUAUUAGUGUUUCAAGGCACCAGUAUCGUUCCAAUUGGUCAUCGUACAGUCAUCCCAGUCAUCUGGACUCAUCUCUAGUCACCAACAUCCACAAAUUAUUCUCGGAGAGAAUUGAGAUCUUCGCACCUGUGCAAUUCAAUAAAGCUUCGAUUAUCACUGGAAUCAUAAAAAUUAGCCUCAAGACGUUUUUGGAGUGCGUGAGGCUUCGAACAUUCAGCAAAUAUGGACUACAGCAGAUUCAAGUAGAUACGCAUUAUCUGCAAUUAUAUCUGUGGCGUUUUGUUUCAGAUGAAAACUUGGUACACUUUCUCCUCGAUGAAAUAUUGGGAAGUGCAGUCCACAGAUGUUUGGAGCCAGUUCUCAUGGAGCCCAGUGUGGUUGACAUUAUCUGCGAGAGAGGAUAAACGGAAUGAAAAACCCCUGAAUUUAUUGGCCUUCAAAUCAUGUGAAUUAAUGUACUAUAGUUUAAAUAAAAGUUUAAGAACUAUAUUUUGGUG